AUAAGUUCCCCUGAAUUCUCCAGCCAUAAUACUUACUCGUAUUACUAUUAUCCACUGAAUUGUCUUUAAUACGAAGUAUAUAGUAGUCUCCACAUAUGUUAUGUCGAUGACCCUCUCGAAGAGAACAUGUUCAUUCUCUCCUGAGAUUACGAGUAUUGUCUCCGCCGAAACUUCUAAUCAGAGAGCCAACACGGAUGAUGCAAAUAUGCCUAGUCCAAACUCCAAAGGGAAUAGCAGAUAUGCAUGGUACCUAUAAAGCUUUUCUGGAUUCAAACAGCCUUGGCCGCUUUAUUAGUAUGGAAGGUGGUAGAUAUUCGGUUGAUUUGGGUAACCUCCAACGCAAUCGAAGGAACGAGAUUGGGAGGAAGAAAUCCCGCAAAGGUAAAGAACUUGCCGGUUCUUCAUCUCAAAGCCGAGAUGAUUUUGAAACGGGUUACCAAAGGCGGGAUGGAGAUGCGAUGUCCGAAGAACAACUACAACAAGAAUUGGCCCGACAUAAUAACCGCUUUCUACAACAACAACAAAUCCUGACGACCAUUGACGAAGAGGAGCUUGAGGAUGAAGAUGCAGAGGAAAUGGAACCGGAGACGGCCGAGGAGGAGAGUGCCGGCAGCCACGACGCCGACGAGCCUGCCUCAUCCCAAACCGCCACCGGUAAUAAAAAAAAGUAAAUCUGAACUAAUGCAAAAUAAUUAUAGCUUGGGGACCUCCGGCGGAUACGGAUCCGCCGCAAUCCUAAUCAAACACAUAAUUCCAAAUUUCCAAUAAAAAAACACUUGAGCAACUUAAUAACACUUCCAAAAAAACUCUGAUUCACAUCUGCUAGUAGCUCGGUGGUGUUGGUAGCCGUUGGCCGGUGUUGGUGGUCGCACAAUUAUAGUCUUCAUUUGUUCUUGCGCCUGUCACUCACGUGGCAGCCAUUUAGGGUAUUAAAAGGUUUUAAAAAGUAAUAUUGGGUCCUAACUCCUAAGUUAACUACUCACAGGGUGUAACACACUAAUGAAUUGUGGCUUUCAAAAUUCAUGUUCCAAAAUGCAUUAAAAGGUACGGAGUACUUCAUAAUACAAUGAAUUGUUAGAUACGAAGUAUUUCAUUAGCAACAAUUGGUAAGAGGAAUCUUUUGCUUCAAAUACUUGGACAAGUAUAUGUACUAUAGGUCAGCCG